AUAGGCGCCGGAACAGGUCUCGUUUCCAUCGUUCUCUCCACACUGCUUCAUCACUUGCCAGAUCGAGUACAAGCGAACAUGAUCGCUACAGACCUACCAUCCGCAAUAGAGGUUCUGGACAAGAACAUAACAGAUAACGAGCACUGCUACUCCUCAAUCCGCCUUAAGAGUGCUGUACUAGAUUGGGACGAGGAGACGCUACCCGAAGAGGUGCAUGACGGUGUUGACUUCAUCAUAAUGGCAGACGUAACGUACAACACAUCCUCCUUCCCCUCACUCAUCAAAACACUCUCCCGCCCUCAUAAACCCCCAGCACCCCCGCCAACUGUUCUUCUCGCAUACAAAGAACGUGACCCAGAUGAACGCCGACUCUGGGAUAUGGCACUCGAAAUAGGACUGCACUUUCAAGAAAUCGGACGCAUACCUGGUGCCGGUGGGAUGCCUGUUGAGAUCUACUCAGGAACGUUUCGAGAGUCGUUCUGA